ACGAAACCGUCAGACGCUCUGGCUUUCUCUCCUGCUCUAUGGCCAGGCGAAAGCGACAUCCCUCACAAGAUCUACUUCCGGUGCUUUCUCGGCCUCUUCCACGCCUCCAAGAUGGCGCAACAAGAUCAGGGUGAAAAGGAGAACCCUAUGAGGGAGCUUCGCAUCCGCAAACUCUGCCUGAACAUCUGUGUUGGGGAGAGUGGGGACAGGCUUACCCGAGCAGCCAAAGUGCUGGAGCAGCUCACAGGCCAGACUCCUGUUUUCUCAAAAGCUCGAUACACUGUCAGAUCUUUUGGGAUCAGGAGAAAUGAGAAGAUUGCCGUUCACUGCACUGUUCGUGGAGCCAAAGCUGAGGAGAUCCUGGAGAAGGGGUUGAAAGUGCGAGAAUAUGAACUGAGGAAGAACAACUUCUCCGACACCGGCAACUUUGGUUUUGGAAUCCAGGAGCACAUUGAUUUGGGCAUUAAAUAUGAUCCCAGCAUUGGAAUCUAUGGCUUGGACUUCUAUGUGGUUUUGGGCCGGCCAGGUUUCAGCAUUGCUGACAAGAAGCGCCGAACCGGCAGUAUUGGGGCCAAGCACAGGAUCAGCAAGGAGGAAGCCAUGCGCUGGUUCCAGCAGAAGUACGAUGGCAUCAUCCUUCCUGGCAAAUAAACAGUCCCUGCCCCAAAAAGAGAUAAUAAAAUUUUCCAUUGUUUA